CUAUGGCGUCCACCAGAGAAUUUGGUACGAGGCGAUGGUCGUUGGGGUUCCCAUGAAAUUCUCAUGCUUAAAAGAGGAAAUAAAUGUGAAAGAAGAAAAAUGAGUAAUGAUGGCAUGUAAUCAUCGCUACAUGUGCGCUCUUCUUAUCAUUUAUAUGUCAUAAGCCACAUUACUUCAUCGUUUAUAAACUUGCGUUACAAGAAAAGCCCUGUGCCGGAGCUCGGAUGAAGUUCCUCCAGCCAAGCUGAGCUGCCCAGCCAUGAGCGAAGUGGAUGCCCGUUCGUGCUGCAGUGUUGCCAGCGCUAGCUGUCAUCCCCGGAGCAAGAUGGAUGUGGUCUGCGUCAUUGACCUGAUCACUGGUACGGGCGCAGCAGGUGGUCGGUUGGCACAGCGCAAGGCAGCAUACGAGGAGAUCAGAAAGGCGUCCAACUGUGUUGGGGCCACGUUGCAUGAGCUGCCCUUCAAGAAGCUUGACUUUGGGGAGACCAAGGUGCUCGACCUUUUCUACAAUGCAGACGUGGCCAUUGUUGACGUCUCUAUCCAGGACCAACGUAACCCUCUCUUUUACCAUCUGGGUGUGCGAGAAAGCUUUGGCAUGAAGCAGAACAUGAUCCUCUACAAUGACCACACUCCCGGCGAGGCAUACUCCAUAAAGAUUGCCUGUGCAAGCUACCCACUGACGACUUACAAGGUGAAUGAUGCUGGUGUCUGCGUCGUCACCGAAACGCCUGGUAUGGCCAUUGUUUCUGAGGAAACAGUGGAAUCCAAGCAGACCCUCCAUGCCAAGCUGAAAAAGUUCCUCCAAGACAUCGAAGUACAAACCAAAGCCCACAUGAAGGAGAAGUUCCUUGCUGACCUGCGGAAAGCACGCGAGAACUACACUGGUGAAGAGCUCGCCAAGAUGUUACGAAAUUUUAGGAAGCGGCUGGAUGACCCCAACAUCAUAUCCGGUGACGUUGUACUGAGCAUGCUCAUAUCCUUCAGAGACAUUCAGGAUUAUGAUGCAAUGGUAAAGCUGAUGGAUGACCUACAGACAGUGCCAAACAUGAAGUUCACAUCAACGCCAGCCAUCCAACAUUCUUAUGCAUUUGCCUUAAAUAGGCGCAACUUGCCGGGCGAUCGUGAGCGUGCCCUGGAGGUGAUGACGUCUGCCCUACAGAAAAAGGAGAACCAGGUGCCCGACAUCCUGUGCCUCUGCGGCCGCAUCUACAAGGACAAGUUUGUCGAGUCGGACUACACGGACCAGGAGAGUUUGAAAAACGCCAUUCACUGGUACCGCAAGGGAUUCGAGGUCCAACCUAAUGAGUACGCUGGUGUCAACCUGGCCACGCUGCUAGUGAUAGACGGGCACGAGCUGUCCAAGUCGACUGAGCUGCAGCAGAUCAGUCUGCGCCUCAACAAUCUCAUAGGGCUGAAGGGCUCACUGGACAACCUGGAGGACUAUUGGGAUGUGGCCACUUUCUUUGAGAUCAGCGUCCUGGCCGAGAACUACACCAAAGCUAUCCAGGCUGCCGAGUGCAUGUUCAAGCUGAAGCCACCCGACUGGUAUUUGAAGUCAACGUUUGGCAACAUCAAGCUCAUCAGCCGGUUUCGGAAAAGGCCCGAGGAUGUGGAGUGCAGUGCUGAAGAGCAGGUGUUCGACUUUUGGGUGGAUUUCUUCGUCACUGCUUAUUCAUCUGACAUGGAGAACACCAUACGGUUUCCUAUUCUGAUAUUGGAACCGACUAAAGUGCUGAUGCCGAGCUAUGUGACAGUGAACAUGGGUGCUGAAGAGAAGUCCCUCGAGAUCCGAAACCUCUGCAUUGACACGCUCAGGGGAAAUUGCCGCAGGAUUCAUGAGUGGCUCUUCAACGCUUCCUCCAUCCGUAGUAUUAGCCAAUACAAACGUGACGAGCGGUGCCUGUUCCUAUACGUGCACCAGAACUCGGACGACUUCCAGAUGUAUUUCCCAACAGCGGCACUCAAGAACCGCUUCUACGACCUCGUCCUGGCCAUGACAGCAAACCAGGAAGGUGUGGUCAUGGAUAUUGACCUCGAUGAUGGGUCCGGGUGUAUUCAGUUCGAGUACGAGACAGACGACCAGGGUCGACGCAUCAUCCUUGGCAAGGGCACGUAUGGUGUGGUGUACGCAGCGCGUGACCUGACCACCCAGGUGAAGAUUGCCAUCAAAGAGAUCCCAGAGGAAAACCUGGGCGAAGUUCAGCCCUUGCAUGAAGAGAUCAAGCUGCACGCCCAGUUGCAUCACCGCAAGAUAGUCCGCUACUACGGCUCCAUCAGUGAGGGUGGAUUUGUCAAGAUCUGCAUGGAGCGUGUGCCUGGAGGGAGCCUGUCACAACUGCUGCGCUCCAAGUGGGGUCCUUUGAACAACAACGAGCCGGCUAUUGCCUUCUACACCAAACAGAUCUUGGAAGGACUCAAGUACCUGCAUGACCAGCGGAUAGUGCACCGGGACAUCAAAGGUGACAACGUGCUCGUGAACACAUACAGCGGUGGCAUCAAGAUUACUGACUUCGGCACCUCGAAGCGCCUUGCUGGGAUGAACAUGGUCACAGGCACAUUCACAGGGACCUUCCAGUACAUGGCACCUGAAGUGAUCGACAACGGCCAGCGGGGUUAUGGAGCGCCGGCUGACAUCUGGUCUCUGGGCUGCACGGUCGUGGAGAUGGCCACUGGCAAGACGCCCUUCAUUGAGCUUGGCACACCACAGGCAGCCAUGUUUAAAGUGGGCUGUUUCAAGAUUCACCCCGAAAUCCCAGCAUCCUUGUCAGAGAAAGCCCAGAAGUUCAUAAAAAGGUGCUUCGAACCUGACCCUGCCAAGCGAGCCACUGCUGCUGAACUUUUGGAAGACCCUUUUAUAACUGACGGUGGGAGGAAAAAGAAAGCACGGCCUGCCGCACCUGACUUCAGCCGAAGCAUAUCAGUUCCGGCCGAUCGAGUACACAAGAUGGACAAGCCAGAACGGAUGUCUCGGUUUGCCAGCACUGGGGAGGAUGGAGAUGAGGAACUGCUCGAGUUAAACUCGGACAAAGGCUACAGCUCCUGCGAGGCUAGCCCGACCACCUUAGGCCAGGCAAAGCGGGUGCUCCCAAGGAUUCCCCGACCCGAGCGAUUUGACCUGUCCCAGAGGACAUCCUUUCUUCUUAGCUCCGCAACGGCCACAAGUCCGACGGACGCGAUCCCACGGUCACCCUCAACAUUUUCCUUUGGCUCUGAAACGUCGGAGGGCGGCAUGCGACGCUGCAGCUCCGGCCUACUGAGCCCGCCCGUGGACGGCUCGUCCGUGGACCAGGAGUCGGGCGGCUUCUACCUCCUCAAGAAGGACUCACAGCGACGGCAGACCAUUCUGCGCGUGCUCGAGGAAGACGGCAGCACGAUCUGUGACAUAUGGAUGAACAAGCUGCAGCAGGACAGUGGUGACGACUUGGUCAUUACAAAGGAGCAACUCCUAGCCCUCAUCGAUGGCUUCAAGAACUACAUCCCAGAGCAGAAUAAGACUGGCCUCCAGCACAUUAUUGGAAAGUUGAAGCAAGAAGUCAACCAUGACCACAAGGCCCUCAACCAACUCGCAGUAGCCUUGUACCUUUUCCAGAGUGCAGUCAAUGAAGUGCUCCGGAACCAGAGUAUCAAACCACAUUGGAUGUUUGCCUUGGACGCUCUUGUCAUGAACGCAGCUCAAAUGGCCAGUGAAAUCCUGUCCUGUGGUCAGGAAGACCAAGAGGACAACGACAUCGAGGAUGCUGACUCCACCUCAGGCGUGUCUACCAUCAAUUCCAGCAAGUCCCGCAGUGUGGCUGCACAAAAGCAGCUGGCCCUCGGCCUCCCUUCAGAGGAGACCCAACGGGUCAUAGAUGCCAUCCAGAUGAGUGAGCAGCUGUACCAGGACUUGCUGAGGAAACUUCUGGACAGCCGCUCACAACAGCGAAGCUUUGUGGAGGGCUGUCUAAGCCAGAACAGGUUCCUGCAUCCGGGUAGCAGAGAGUCGAGCGUGACAAUAUCAGGUCCAUCAUCAUCUGUUCCUUCCGCCUCAGCUGGUGUCCAUAGGCCUGAUGUUCAUCGUGAUGAAGAUCUGAUGCACUGGCUACAAGACCUUGGAAUGGACACGGAGUGCAUGGAAAGGUUUGCCAGAGAACAGUUCACAAAGGAAGACGUCCUGCAUUUGAUGACAAGAGAUGAUCUGCGGAGGCUAGGGCUCCGGUUAGGUCCCGAGCUUCGCAUUUGGAAAGCAAUACAGCAGCACCGGGAAGGUUUGUCCUGAGGAUGGACCGGUCUAGGGAACAUGGAUACUGCGUGAAAGCUUCUGGCAAAGCACCCCAAUGCUGGUGAUGGGCCGACAAUGUCAGCAUGGCCAACCAGUGCUAGGAGCCAGAAGACGGCAGAUACAUCCACGGGGAGCGAUGGGUGUUGCGAUAGUAGGGCUGCGUGUUGAAGCAGCUGCCUUCCAACAAGCAAGCUGAGUUACGGUGGUGGUUACAGCCUGUAGCCUUGGUAUGGAAGUUUCUAGUGAAAAACCUGGCACUAGUGAUGCAAGAACUGCAGGUAUGGAUGUUCAUUCAGUGUAGGAAUGAUGAGCAUGUAGAUUUCUCUUCUAAACUGCACAGGUUUCGCACGUCCUUGUGGCUUCUUGUGCCAACUUUCCUGAAAUCGCGUUGCCAUUACCUGAUAGAUUGCACUCGUACGAUUUACGUAUGAACUCGUGUAAGCCUAACAUUUUUUUCCCAAAGGGUGUGGAUGGUUCUUUCGUAGGUCAGGUUUGUGGCUAUCUUCUGACACAGUGUGCAGCGCCGCCAUUGCUGUGAGGCAUUGUCCUUGAAAUUUAGCAUUUGCAAAACAUGGUGGCCUAGAAAGGACGCAAGGGUUUGUAUACCUGCUGCACCAUGUUCUGAUAUGACAAAGACACGGGCAGCACCCAAAAAUUGUGCUCGUAUCAGCGCUGGUGCAGUCAUAUUAAGCAAGUGGUGAAGGAAAGUCGAGUCAGUCGACGUCAGUUGACUUUCUUGAGGCCACUCCCGGGCAUGCUCAUAGGUGUAGUCAAUUAAGAGAGUUUGGCCAUCAAUGGGAAACCUGAAUUGUUCCUUGCUUUCCUUAUAAAAACACACAUGUUCAAGCAUGCCCAUGAGGAUGGGGUUUGGCAGACCACACAGUCAAGAGCUUGUUAUUGCUUUGAAGAAGUCCUUUUGUGUUACUUCUUUCUAUUGUUCUUUUAUGAGCAAAUUAAUAUGAAGCACUGGAAUACUGUGGCAGUUGUACAAUGCCUUGUUAAACUGGAAGUGAUCAAAAUUGCUUCAGGCUCUCUUCCAGUUGGCUUUCUAGCAUAGUUGCAGUGCUGGGAACUACUAUGUUCAUUACCGAAGCCUAGUCCAGGGUGUGACGGACACAUUGGCAAGUCCUCGUCAAAUUCAAGGGCUGCCCGCAUGCUUCAAAUGUUAGAAUUAAUAAUCUGAGGGCAUUGUCAUCAUUUGAGCAAAGGUGCUUGUCAUCCCUCAUUUCUUUGGGCAGUGAGGCCUCACAGGAAAGCCAACUUACUGUCCUGUGAAGUGCAACAUUCAGCCAAGUUCUGCUCGCGUUUUAUAAACACGGUCACCCCGGUCUUGUUCCUGGAGUUACACUAUACCAAGAAGGAAGGUUGCUCAUUCAGAUUUGUCAACGGGGGUAAUGCGUUAUACAUAGUGUAGCAUCCAUGAGACACUACAUUGCACAGAGACUAAUACGUUGGGCCAGUAGCUGAAUGAUGUGUUAGCCUUGGGCAUCACACAAAAGCUCAAACUGAAAGCUCAUGAACAGUGUGGCAUUCCGCUUUCACCGCAUCUCAUAUUUAAUGAUUGCUUGAAUGCAAACAUAAUACAUGUAAAAAAAAAAAAACGGCUUUCUUUUCUGAGCAUGUAUUUCUCUUUCUUUUUGUUCGUGCACUGUGUUUUUUGUUGUGCAUCUCAAAGUGAAUGAGCUCCAAGUUCUUCAUACCAGCGACCUGACUUUCAGAAUUUUCAGAAUCCAUUCUUGAAGCACUAGCUGGUGUCCAUAUCAUAAGAAGCCAACAAACACUGACACCUAGGAGAACACAGGGGAAAUUAUUUCUGCUUAAUAAAUUAAAUAAAGAAAUGAUAAAUUAAUGGAAAUUAAAGUGUAUGAAAAAACUUGCCACAGGUGGGGAACGAUCCCACAACCUUCACCUUUCGCGUGCGAUGCUCUACCGAUUAAGCUACCGCGGCACCAUUUCCCCAUCCACUUUCUUAGGUAUUUGUUUCCUAGUAGAACCCUGGGAGUGUUAGCCAGGGCCACCACUCACAGACAUUUGUGGCGGAUGUGGAACAUCCUUUCUGCCGCAGGCAUCACGAGAACAUGAUCUUUUUGGGUGAAGGCAACUCGUCAAUACACCCACACAUGCUACGUUAAGGUGGAGGUUGUGGGAUCAGUGAAGGUGGGAUCGUUCCCCACCUGCGGCAAGUUGUUUUUUCAUCCACUUUCAUUUUCAUUAAUUUAUCGUUUCUCUAUUUCAUUUAUUAAGCACAGAUAAUUUCCCCCAUGUUCUCCUUGAUGUCAGUGUUUGUCGGCUUAUUAUGAUAUGACUAAUAAAAAUCGGGCCCCUUGGUUAACCCCCCUUUCUUCUUGUUUAUUACAUAACGAGGGCCUCGAAUCCGGCAACAUUAAUGCCUUCAGGUAGCACGUGUGGGUUUAUUGACGAGUUGCCUUCACCCAAAAAUGGAUUGUUGGAAAAGGCAACCUGUGGCCACACAGUAGCUGCAUGCACUGUUUUCUGGCACAAGUUUGUGACAAGCAGUGUUGUGGAUCUUUCACAGCCUUUAGAGGUCAAAUGCAACAAAAUUUUGAAACUGGUUUCAGUUCGCGUAGAAAUAAACUAGCUUCCCUGCAAAAUUUUACAUUUGAAAUACUAGUGGUUGCCUUUUUGAAAGCUCGCAAAAAUAGAUCAUGUUAUACCAAAUCUCUCUCGCCCCCAAAUAAACAGCGCCAUUACCACUCGCCAGAAAUUACGGAAUCCAGGAUGUUGAAAACCAUCCUGGCACUGGGACAUGACGUCCGAGAUGAGGCGGCGCUCGUGGCCUGCUGAUGGGGUAUGAAUCACAGCCACUAACUACCAGAUUCUCUAUCUUCCACUUAGGUGCUAUUUAAUGAUUGUUAAUUUAAAAAACAAAUAAUCUUUUAACUAGUGUUCACCUGUCAUCGUCUAGCCAUGUCAAGCUAUGACUUUUCAGCUCCACAAUGACUGCUCCGUUACCACUCCAUCAUUCUCUCCUCAUCAGAGAGUCUAAGUGUAGCUCUUAAGCAGGCCUUGUCAUAGCCACAUUCUUGUUUUGCAUUUACCAUAAAAUGGUUCUUUUUUUUGUGUUAUAAUUAUAAAUUUUUUGCGUUAUAAUUAUAAAUAAUGAGUAUGGCAGUUUUGUUGAUUCCACUGGAAUAAAAGAAUGGGUGCCUCAUUUUUGAGGCCUGAGGC